AUGACUUCCAAGUCAUUCUGGUCUUGGGUGACCCCCAGUGCUCCCCUGUUUGGACAGCAGCAGUGCAACAGCUGGAGAUCGGCGAGAAGGCGAGAUUCGCUCUCUCGCGGAAAGCCCUUGACUUCAACCCAGAGAGUUUGGCGCCAGACGACUCCUGCUCAAGCUGGGAGGAUUCGCGUGCAGGAAGUGGAGGAUGUGGCGGAAGAUUUCCAGCAGCUGCUUGAGAUCGAGACCAGCGGCGGCAAAGAGCGGGCGGAGGACCUGGACAAUGUAGCCGUGCACUGGAGGGUGCGAAGGUGGAUGCCCGAGGGCACCUUUUGCAUUGCCAGCAGCCGUGAGCGCCUUGCCAUCAUGCCAGGUUACGGGCUGGUGCCCAUCGAAGACCAGAACGCACCACCAGUGCAGAUCGCAGUUGGUGAAGGCCAGCAGGAGGCGGUGGAGCUCAUUGCCUCUAAGAUUGGCCCUGGCGGCAAGGGCCACCUCUUCCUGAAGAGCCAAGCCAUGAAGAUGAACCGACCCAAUGGGUGUGUCAUCAUGGACGUGGAGGUUGUUGCUAUGGAUGCCAACAGGGGGCCGGGCACGCCGGGUUGGAAGGGGUGGCAGAGCCUGGUCAACGAGCGCGAGGUUGGGGACCAGUGGCUCGAAGAGGCGGAUGCCCGAAGGAAGCAGCUGGAAACCUUCGGCACCCUGCGAAAGUCCACAGAGGACUCCAAGGGGGCGGAGCUGCACGUGGCAGACCAGGUCCACAAGUUCGCCUACAAUGCCGAGCGUCGCUACCGCCGCGCUUUGAAGUGGAUUGAGAUGGACAAAAAGGAGGACCGGAAGCUCCAGCUAGAGCAGGCCACGCUGAGGAUGCGCUUAGCGAAGGCCAUGUCUUUGCGGCACAUGCGCUUCGGCGAAAACCCGGAGCCCGCCACGGACGAUGAGAAGGCUGCGCUGAAGGAGUCCCAGGACUUGCUGGCUGAGGUCCUUCAAGUGAGCGAGGCUCUCAACAACGCCUCCAUCAGAUACGAAUGCAUGAAGAUGAACCUGCAGGUCUGCAUCCAGGCCGAGAAUGUGACAGAGGCUAGAAAGGUCCUCACUCAGCUGCAGGAGGAUCGACCAGAUGACGAAGACCUGAAGAGUGACAACGCCAGGCCUGAGCAAAUCUCAGGCACAUGCGAAGGCCCAAGCUCAGAGGAGGAGAAUGUCAAGCUUCCUCAGCAGUCUGUUGGAGCAGUGCUGCAUGGCACAGGCGAGUGCAGGCCAUGCGCCUGGUUCUGGAAGCCGCAAGGCUGCCGCAACGGCAAAGAAUGCCUCCACUGCCACCUGUGCCUGAGCAAUGAGAUCAAGAUCCGCAAGAAGAAGAACUGGUUGCAGCACAAGGGUGGCGAGAAGCAGGCUGAGAAGGUGCCGGAUGUGCAGGCUUCGCAGAUUGUGCGAUCCACGCUGGGGCUCGGACCACCCCCCGGACUGGCAGCGUCAGGCCCUAUGUGGAUUGCCCCAGGCGACAGUGACCUGGGUGAGGGAGCACGUGGUCCCAGCUAUGUGGGGCCUGGAGAGGUGAGGCGAGAGCUGCAGGACUUCCAAGACGGCCAGGGCCUAUCCGGGCUCAUGACUCGGGCAGGCGAGAUCGAAUUUGGCCGUGAUUAUCUUCAGGCACUCUUUUCUGACGACGCCGUGACUGACGGCCGAGUGCCAUGGCCACCUACACCGCUGCCUUCCCGUGGCUCUGCCAAGCACAGUGCCGGAGAGUGCAGGCCAUGCGCGUGGUUUUGGAAGAAGGGCUGCCUGAAUGGAGAGCUUUGCCAGCAUUGUCAUCUUUGCCCGGAAGGCGAAAUUCGUCGCAAGAAGAAGGCCAAGAAUGAGGGGCGGGACAAGUACAACAUUGACAUGCCUUUGAGGCCGGCCAAUAGCUUCGAUCAAGGGUGCUCAGUUUGGAAGCUGCCGGAUGCCGCUGCCUCCUCCACGAUCUUCGAUCUGCCCUUUGGCCACGGGCCUGGCCUGCGGAUUGAUCGACCAACUUUCUCAAUAGCCGAUGCUGCCAGUGCAGUUUGA